UCGCCACUAGCGACCGUCAUAUUGGCUGUCAAGAAGAAGGAAGACACGGGCGAGAGAGAGGAGGCUCUCCAAAGAGCUGGCCCCGGAUCAAAUGGGCAUUCCAGAGCAGCGGAAUUAUAUCAAAAUCGAAGUUUUGCUUCGUGCAUGUGUGAAAAACGGACCCCGGGAAUGAGCAGCGUAGAUCUCGCCUCGGGAACGCUUGUGCGGGAUAGCUACGAGUCUGACAUCUUUUGAUAGCCAUCUUUUUUACAGACAAAAGAAGGCUACGAAGUGGUAGACCCGCAUAGCGGAGGUCCUAGUCUCCAGCGUAUGGAGAAAGCAGGGAAAAUGUGGAGCAACCUCAGGAACAGAUGUCAUACCCUCUUCCAUGCCAGCGGCUCAGAGGCCAACGCAUGCAGCCUAGACAUGGAUCGUUUCCACUCUGUGGUGGACCUGAGCCAAGGACCACACACAGGUGAGUCCCAGGCUGCUCGGGACUCUUCCCCUUCGCAGGUUCCUGUGGUAAGAGGGGGACGCCGAGGCCAUAACUGCGUAGCCGAUAUUCCCCAGAUUGUAGAGAUCUCAGUUGACAAGGAGAACGAGGAUGUACGGAGGGUCCCACUCGUGCGGAGGGAUUCCUACUCACGCCAUGCUCCCUGGGGAGGGAAGAAGAAGCACUCCUGUUCCACUAAAACACAGAGUUCUCUAGAGGCAGACAGGCGGACAGGGCGUUCGAGAGGAGGGGUGAGCAGGCGAGAGCGCUGCUAUGGGACCAGUUCCAUCCAAGAGGUGAGUGAUUCUGGAGGAGGGGGCAGCGGACGGAGCUUAAGUGUCCGCUCUGUGCGCCAGCGACUGAAGGACACAGUAGGCUUAUGCCUGCCUAUGCCGACCCCCCGUCGCCCCCGGUCGGCCAAGAGCCAGGUUGCCUCCAAGCGCAAGAUCCACCUAACAGAAUUGAUGCUGGAAACAUGCCCAUUCCCACCAGGCUCCGAUCUGGCCAACAAGUGGCACUUCAUCAAGCAGCAUACAGCACCAGUCAGCCCGCAUUCCUCCACAGCGUUACUGGAUGCUAUUGACCCAGUGCGUGCCUCCCCGGAGGACGAAGAGGAGAGGCUCCGUGAACGGCGUAGACUCAGUAUAGAGGAAGGUGUUGACCCACCUCCAAAUGCGCAGAUCCACACACUGGAGGCCACUGCACAGAGAUCUGCCCUGUACAAACUGGGACCAAAGAUGGCUCCUGGUUCGAGUGAAGGAGCUGGGGAGGUCAGGAGCUUGGGUGCUGGAACCUCUUUUUCAGGGGGGUUUUCUGGGAUAGUGGCACAGGUUGGGGCGAGCAUGGUAAUGCCAUCUCAGGCUGCUGACUGUGACUCUGAGGAGGACUCGACUACUCUUUGCUUACAGGCACGGAGGACUAAGCAGAGGCAUGCCUCCGGGGACGGGCACUCCUCUAGGCAGUCAGGACCCUGGAAGGUUCACACACAGAUUGACUUUAUUCAUUGCUUGGUACCUGAUCUUCUGGCCAUCACAGCGCUUCCCUGCUACUGGGGGGUGAUGGACCGCUACCAGGCGGAGGCCCUGUUGGACGGCCGGCCAGAGGGCACCUUCCUACUGCGUGACUCUGCCCAGGAGGACUACUUAUUUUCCGUUAGCUUCCGUCGUUACAACCGCUCGUUGCAUGCACGCAUUGAACAGUGGAACCACAACUUCAGCUUUGAUGCGCACGAUCCCUGUGUCUUCCACUCCUCCACAGUCACAGGUUUGCUGGAGCACUACAAAGACCCAAGCGCCUGUAUGUUCUUUGAGCCGCUGCUCACAGCUCCCCUGCAUAGAACCUUCCCUUUUAGUCUGCAGCACCUGGCACGCGCUGCCAUCUGCCAUCAGACCACCUACGAUGGCAUUGGUGCUUUGCCGUUGCCACCAGCCAUGCAGGACUUCCUCAAGGAGUAUCACUACAAACAGAAAGUGCGUGUUCGCUGGCUAGAGAGAGAGCUGCCACUCAAGGUCAAGUGAGGCCUGACUCUGUGUCUGAGAGAGGCAGGAGCUGUGGAGGCAAUGGACUGUCAGCCAGUAUGAAUGUGCAUGGAUCACAUCAACCCUCAUUCAACUGGCUUUUAGGCGUGUGGCACAGGGGAUGUUUUGAACUGCCAAUAUUCAGUUGUUUUAGUUAAUACUUACUUCACUUGGAAUACGCGUUGCUAAUAACCAGUGUAUGCUUUCGGGCAAGCAUGUGUUGAACAGGUUUGAAUUGGAAUGGUUUCUUCCUCUCUGCUCAGACCAUAUCUACCGGAUCUGCUUCAGCCUGUCUGCUAAACUGCCUGCACUACCCUGCAUCCUCUCUGCAAUUAAACUCAUUUGGAGCAAUGAAAGAGUCUUCUUAUACUAAUUAGUCCCAGAUAUUCACUCGUAAAACGGCCAGCGUCCAUUUAACUUAGUGAACUUACUGAAAUAGUUUUAAAUCGUUCUAAAGCAAGCCACUCAAGGCUACAUGCAACUUCCUUAAAAACUAAUAUUUACAUAUGUAUUAUAUGAAUUAUUUACUAAGUCACAGCUAAUUUAACAGCAAUAAGUUCAAAUUACUAUAUCCUUCUCAGUAUGAAGUUUCAUGAGGCAGCGCUUAGAUCUCUGAACACUGGGCAGGGUCACAGUUAGACAUGCACCUUUUCAGCAAAGAGCUCUUUUUUUAAGGGAGGCACAAAUUAACUGCAUGUAGAGGAGGAAAUUGCCAGUUAGAGACAAUGAUCAUUUCCUGUUACCUACCAGCUACACAGAGAGGAGUUAGACGUAGCUGAACGUGUGCCAUAAAAUAGGUAGGUUAGUGUUCUAAAAUUGGGUUCCAAAGCAGUGUCAUCUCUCUCAGCACAGUCACCGUUUUAGUCUGCUGUUACGUUCUGUUUUUUUGAGUGAGGAUCUCAGCUGAAAAACACAGGCACUUUGUCAUUUGUUUAAAAUAUAUGUGGACUAAACGUAUGCAGUAUCAGAUUAAGAUAGUAUUAUUGAUUCUGUGUUCCUUCAUCCCUUUAUAGGGCAUAACUCGAGUUCGUGUCUACAGUUUGCUGCCAUCAUCUACUCCUAUUCAGAGCAUGAAUCAAUGGUCUGAGUUUCAUGCUCCUUUGAAAUUUUGGGAUAUGAAGUUGUCUUCAUUCAGUCUGUGCAGGUGUUAUAUUCUACAUAACAUGUUGGUUUUGCUCUGUGGUUUUUAUUUUUGGGGAGGAAAAAAAGUAAUAUUUCAAGUCAGUUUGAAUUGGAAAUCAUAAAGCAUUUUCCUUCAGUUGUUUCUGAGUGAAACAUGGUAUCAGGGAGGGUCUCUGAGGUAGUUUAUUGUUUUUGCUAGUUGAUAAAUGAGGGUGGUUUGAAAGGGGAAAGUGAAACAUGAUAUCUUAGAGGUGGGCAAAAGUUUUGAUGAAAGGUUAUGGGAAAAAAUGUGUCUUUUUAAAUAAUAUGAAAUGAAUUGUGCUUAAUAUGACCGGGGACAUGAAACUAACAAGGUUAAAAAAGGUCAAUUUUGAUUUCAGGUUGACUUUAAAGGAAUAGUUUGGUGAAAAAUCAAAUAUACCCGAUUUUCCACUUGCCCCAGAUGUAGUCGAUCAGCCAAAAUAUGUUUGGAGUGCAAAUUCUUCUUCUCUAGUUUAGUACUGGAGCUACAAGGCUAACUAACUAACAAACACUAGAAUUCAGUAGUCACCCAAAUAGCCUGUAUCAUUUCUGGAAUAAUAUGUCCUCAAAACCCCAAACCCCAAAAAUCUGUCAAACCACAUCCAGGUCUUCAUUAGGUGCAGACUUGCCAAUGUGGUUUAGGGCACAGUAUGACUGACUGUGAGCUAUAAAAAUGAACAAAACUUCAUCACUACAGGCAGCCACUUCAUAAAAUUAUGGCUGGGUUUCACAAAGCAGGAGAUUCCUUUAUAUUUGUGACAGCCAUUGUCACAAAUAGUGAUUCUAGAUCAGCACUUCUACUCCUGAGUGGUUUGUCAGUACAGACUCUGAUGCCUAAAGUCGCUGCCUGUAGUUUUGUACUUUCAGUAAGUCAUACUGUUUCCUAAACCACAUUGACAAGUCUGCACAACCCUGAUAAAGCCCAGGAUGCAGGUUGAGUGGGUUUAAAAAGACAUUUUGAUGAUGUAUUUUUGCACUACUGUUGACUUCUAGUGUUUGUUAGCAAUGUUAGCUUCGCCGCUUCAAAUUUGAAUUAAAGAAGCAAAAUUUGGACUCCAAACGCAUCUCAGCUGGGGUACGUGGAAAACUGGGUAAAUAUGAUUUUUCGCCGUACCAUUCCUUUAAGGCCUGUACAGUUACCUCACUGUUACUGUCUUCACUGUAGACAAAGCAUGAACACAGAGAAAUGCCAUUUGUAUACUUGUUUAAAGUAUUGAUGUCCUGUUUUCUUAUCAAUUGUGGUUAUUUCCACUUGCGUUGCACUUUUAACCAUUGUGAAGCAUAUACAUUAUGCUUCCUGUGUCAUUUUUGUGUGCACUAAAGAAUGAGAUUCCUUUAACACUGUAAAAAAAAAAAGCCAACUUAAUCGUAUAACCUAAGAUAGCAUAUGCUUAAUUUGUUGGUAUGAAUGGUGAAUAUUUUUGAUAUGGGACAAAUAAAGGCCAACCUAAAGUCAAGUCUUCAAUUUAAUGUCAAGUUGGAAUAUCAUUUUAACAUGGAAAGUUGCUCAGGUCCACUCACCUUAUGCAUAACGAUAUAUCACAGUGUUGUCCAGUGCUUGUGUUUUUUAGGAUCACUGACCAAAGGUGUGUCUCUAUGCUUAACCUGUAUUAGUGAUACUUUCUGCCAUGAUACUUUCUGCCAUGUCCUCCAGACCUUUAUCACAGUUUGUGUUGAAUGAGCAAGAGCAAGUAAAUGCAUCGUCAGUAAUAUCGCUUCUGUUUCAGCUGAAGUCGCAAUCAGUUUUGAAUGACCGAAGGACUGACUAGAACGGCCCCACAGAAGAACAGAUCUGUCGGUGAUCUUUGCGCAGAGCCUUUUAGGUUUAGGUGUGGAUGUAACAGAAAGUUAGCACCAGUGUUCUCAGUGACAGCAUGUGCCUUAAUCCAUCCAUCCCCUGCUUUCACACUCAGGUUCUGUAUUUUAGACUGCUGUGCCCUGCUCACGCAUAUACUUAGGCCUUUCUGUGCUACCACUCAGCAAAUGAGUCUCCCCUGGCAGAGUUACACCCUGCCCUGCCCUACAGGCGCUAAUCACAGGCUAAAUUUACUAAGCUAGCCUCUAAAUUUACCACCUACUAAAAGGACCAGUCUGUGUUUCUUGAUAGUUUUUAUGAAAAUAUAGAGGAGAGGGACCUUUUUUUUCUUUGCCCUUCCGCCCCAGUCUGACCACAUCCUCAGCAUCACCCUCUUUUUCGGAUACGUCGAGCUGAAAGCAGAAAUUCUGUUGUUUGUGUAGUCUUCUUGGCCUCCACAGUGUUUGGGCACUAUGCUAAAGUUAGCAUUAGCAACUUAGGCUAACACAGGGCUCCAUUGAGACAUUUUGAGUGCUCUGGUGGCUCGCUGUGGGGAGUUGGGUUGAGGUAAAAAGAGAAAAAAAAGUCUGUCGGUCAUUAUUUGGUUAAGGCUUGAGAGAAUAUGUUUGCCUGCAGCCAUUGUGGAUUUCUGUACACUCCCCCUGCCAUUCAGGCAUUGUUAGCCGCUUUUGAAAUAGUGAAAAUCUGUCAGCCAUGGCAACAGAGAAGAAAGGGGUCUUUUUCUUAAGACUCUUUUGAACUGCGCCCCAUAAUUAUGAUCUAGAGCGGUGGGGUUUUCUGUAUCAAACGGUUAGUAUGAUUCUCAGCCUUUCUGUACUGGGGAGUCUGAGGCUCUUCCUGCACUUUGUUCCCUAUGGGAAAUGGCAUGUGUCAGGCUUUGCAGUACCACAUGUUGCCCAUAUGAACUGUAAAACAGACCCUGCGCCAUGAGUACAGAGGAACAGCGUAGGCUCUGUUUCUGUUCACUAGUGAUAAUGUUUGAGACGCACACCCGAUGCUCCAUUCUGACCUAUAAAAAAGAGAAAAAGUGAUAAUGAGAUGUUUUAUGUUAGUAAGAGAUUUAAAGAUUUAUCAAGAAUUAAUUAUAGGAUUAAUUCUGAGCACCAGUACUGUACGUAGAGCGAGAACUGAACAUUUUCAGUCAGCCUACCCUACUUUUGCCCUUAGAUUAACCUUAGCUCUGUGCUAAGCUCUGACCUUACAGACUUGGAUUUGUACGAAGUAUUUUAGAAUUAGUGUCAAGGGGGGUUGUAUAAUACUUUUAUGCAAACAUAUUAACAAAAUCAUUAUUUUUUACAUAAAUCUUAUCCCUAAUAUGCAAUGAGCGUGAUAUAACCAUGGUUGCUAUACUGUCACUUUAAUGCUGUACGUGCACAUUUGUUGCUAUAUGAAGGCAGGCGCCUUGGUGACAGGGCUUGACAAUGAUGGGGACUAAUGGUUGUCAUUCUGCAUCCCACACGGCCUUACAAGACCAAUCGCAACAUCCGCCCCACUGCUACAGGCUGACGAGCUCUCAUCAGACAACUAUAGCCUAACUCGAAUUAUGUUCCUCCUUUUCUUUUGUUCUUUUUCUCUUUCCAUUAGCUGACGUCAGGCUAGAACUGGAGUGGUUGAGUGGUGAACGUGUUCACUUUUCAGUAUCUGUGUUUAAACCCUGCCCUUGUUGUUUCUUUUUUUUUCUUUCUACUUUCAUUCUUUUGUCUUCGACUUCAUUUUCAUUUUGAAAGCCAAUGGAUACGAUGCUUGUAGUUGUCACUCUUGGUGCUUUGCGAAUGCUUCAUUGUCUUAAUAUUACAAAUAAAAUUGUCAAGUGUAUUCCUUGCAGUGAAA